AUGGCUGAUGAGAGUACUGAUCCACACUCAAACCAGGAGAUCUCAUCUUUAUGCUUGAGGUUUGUGGACCAGUCUUCGCCAAACGAUCCUCAUGUCAAAGAAUGCCUGAUUAAUAUCAUGCAUUUGGAACGAACAAAUGCCACCAUGAUUUCAAGAAAGAUUUUGGAAUCUCUCUCUGAUCCAUCUGUUUCUUUGGAUCCUAGCAACAUCUGGGGUCAGGCAUAUGAUGGAACUUCCGUUAUGUCAAGUGGAAAGGAAGGGGUGCAGGCCAAGAUAAAAGAGAUCAGUCCGUCAGCUCUUUUCACACAUUGCUCACUACCCGAACCUCUCCAUCACAGCAUCAUGCAAACUGUCAGAAGUGCGAAAUUUGCAAGGCAUAUCAAUUUUUAA